GCGUCAGAAAGGGAAUGGGACAGACAAGAGACAGAGGUAGACAGAGGUGUGACUGAGUGGAAGACAGAGUCAGGGAAGCUAUUAGCGAGCUGGUCCUUCCAAUGUAUGUCUAGAAACCCAGAAAAGGCAAACUAGCGGUAGAUUUUCGUGCGUAAAAAAGAGAGUAGGCUGCACUCUAUAUUCUUAAGUUUUACAACACUUCUCUUCCAGGCUGAACAGUUAUUCGGAGGUAGUGUCCUCUGUGGAGUUUUCUUUGUCUCCGCAAGUGACACUAAAGAGCACGGAUUACAAUGAUAAGGAUUUUAGAGGUUUGGGUCACCUCGGUGGCCAUUUCUCUGCUGGUUAAGGGGGCUCUUGGAGGUUAUGGGAUGAGUAUGUUUGCUGCCCAGUCGUCCCCUCCAGACCCAUGCUAUGAUGAGAACGGCAACCCCCGAAGGUGCAUCCCCGAUUUCGUGAACUCUGCUUUCGGGAAGGACGUGCGCGUCUCCAGCACCUGUGGAACCCCGGCCUCAAGGUACUGCGCCGUGACGGAGAAGGGUGAGGAGAGGACUAGGGAUUGCCACACCUGCGAUUCAGGGGACCCAAAGAAAACUCAUCCACCUGCGUAUUUAACUGAUUUGAACAACCCUCAUAACCUCACCUGCUGGCAGUCAGAAAACUAUGUCCAGUAUCCUCAGAACGUCACGUUCACUUUGUCAUUGGGUAAAACAUUUGAGGUCACCUAUGUGAGCUUGCAGUUCUGUUCACCCCGACCCGAAUCUAUGGCUAUCUUUAAAUCCAUGGACUAUGGCAAAUCCUGGGUUCCUUUCCAAUUCUACUCUACCCAGUGUAAGAAGAUGUAUAACAAGCAGAAUAAGGCGGCAAUUACCAAGCAGAACGAACAAGAGGCGAUUUGCACAGAUUCUCACACGGACAUGCACCCGCUGACAGGUGGGCUCAUUGCGUUCAGCACCUUGGAUGGCAGACCCUCGGCGCACGACUUCGACAACUCUCCGGUGCUGCAGGACUGGGUGACAGCCACCGACAUCAAGGUUACGUUCAGCCGACUGCACACGUUUGGGGAUGAGAACGAGGACGACUCGGAGCUGGCUAGAGAUUCCUACUUUUACGCGGUAUCAGACCUGCAGGUUGGCGGGCGGUGCAAGUGCAACGGUCACGCUUCAAAGUGCGUUAAAGAAAGGGAAGGAAACCUGGUAUGCGAGUGCAAGCACAACACCGCGGGGCCGGAGUGUGACAGGUGCAAACCUUUCCAUUAUGACCGUCCUUGGCAGCGCGCAACCGCAAGAGAGGCAAACGAAUGUGUUGCCUGCCACUGUAACCUGCACGCCCGGCGCUGUCGUUUCAACAUGGAGCUGUACAAGCUGUCUGGGCGGAGGAGCGGCGGAGUCUGUCUCAACUGCCGUCACAACACGGCCGGACGCCACUGCCACUACUGCAAGGAGGGCUUCUUCCGGGACAUGUCCAAGGCCAUCUCCCACAGGAGGGCCUGCAAAGCGUGUGAUUGUCAUCCAGUUGGCGCAGCCGGCAAGACCUGCAACCAAACCACCGGCCAGUGUCCCUGCAAGGACGGCGUGACCGGCAUCACCUGCAACCGCUGUGCCAAGGGCUACCAGCAGAGCCGCUCUCCUAUCGCCCCAUGCAUAAAGAUUCCAGUUGCAUCUCCCACCUCCACCUAUACCAGCUCUGAAGAGCCCUUAGACUGUGAUUCUCACUGCAAGGCAUCCAAGGGCAAGCUGAAGAUCAACAUGAAGAAGUACUGCAAGAAAGACUAUGCUGUCCAAGUGCACGUCCUCAAAGGAGACAAGGCAGGGGAGUGGUGGAAGUUUACCGUGAACAUCAUCUCCGUCUACAAGCAAGGUGAACAACGCAUCCGGCGCGGCGACCAGCUCCUGUGGGUGCGUGCCAAGGACGUGGCCUGCAAGUGCCCCAAGAUCAAGCUUGGCAGGAAGUACCUGCUGCUGGGCACGGAUGACGACUCCCCCGGGCAGACUGGCGUGGUGGCGGACAAGGGCAGCCUGCUCAUCCCCUGGAAGGACCUGUGGGGCCGGAGACUGAGGAAGUUCCAACAGCGCGACAAGAGGGGCAAGUGUUAAGAGGAGCCAGAGAGGAGAGAAAGAGAGGGGGCUCACCUCGAGUCUGAGGAACACAGGAGGAGGAGAAAGAAAGAGGAAACACCAGAGGGAGAGAGGAAAGAGGGAGAGGUGAAGUGAACAGAGAGAGAGAGAGAGAGAGAGAGAGGGGAAGUGAACAGAGAGAGAGAGAGAGAGAGAGAGAGAGGAAGUGACUGAGUGCUGCUGCUUUGAGUGGAAGAAAAAAGAGAAUAUUCGUUUUAGAAACGUUUGUGUGAAGGAGCUCUUUUUACAGUUGCUGUUCUGUUUGUCCUUCAAGGUUUGUUUCAUUGUGGAAUUGCAGAGUUUGCACCUAAUAUUUCAGAUAAGUUACUUAUUUUUUGUUUUAUUCAUGAUACCGUUAUUUUUAUAUUUCCAGUUCAUUUCUACAGAACAUCAGAAAAAAAUCUACUGUAUCACAUUUCUGUGUUAAAAAAAAAUAUAUAUAUACAUAUAUAUUGUUUAAAGUUUUUUCUAGCAAGCUGAGGUGGCACGGCAUGGCUUAAGGGGAAUCUCUCUCAUGUUUAAUGAGUGGCUCCUGCUUGCCAGGCCUUGUCAAGAUAAACUGUGUAAACUGCUAAGAGUGUUAACACGUUAAAUUGAUCAUUUAAACUAGGUUUUACUGUGGUUUCGGAAUAUACUUGUAAAAAUGGGAGAGAAAAAACAGAAACAAAAACAAGCCAGCUAUUGCCAGUUACCUUUCUUCUUUAAGAGCUCCUCGUGUGGUUGUUACCUCAUUAUUACUGCUAACUAUGUAAUCAAAAUGAAAUUACCAUGAAGAAGUUGCUCCUCAGAUACUAGCAUAGGGAAAGAGUCUGUUAAAUGAUACAUUUCCUUGCCAUCCUGACAGUGUGGUUGUGACCUCAGCAAAAUAAAAGUAUCAGUAGGCAUGAUAUAAUUAUACAAUAUUUUUGUAUUUAGACAGCACUCUGUUCUCAACUAGAAGAACUAAAAUAGAUGAGUUGACCGUGCACUUAAUGUUUAGUCAUUUAGUAUUCAACAGUAUUCAGAACAUAUAAGAUAUGUUCAGUGUUUAAUGGCACCUUGCAGGAUACAAACUAACAUACUGUAUGGUUUUAGAAACAUCAUCAAAGAACUAAUGUAUGUCCAUUCAUGAUUGUUCAACCUGAGAUCACACAUUUCACUGAUUAUGUGCUGCCUUUGGCCUUUGGUCCUGGAACCUAAUGUCCACUGACUCUGUGUCAUUGAUUGAUGCAUUUGGUUUGCUAUCCUGUUCACGUUUGUUAAAAUACAAAGUACUGCUUGAACAUCCCACUGAGCAUUGACCUGUUUCUGCUGGUAAAGGACUGAUCAUGGGGAGGGGGGGGGGGGGGGGGGCAUUCUGAUGUCUUCAACAGUGAAUCACCUCAUGUAGUUUGAUAAGACCUAUCAAAAUGAACCUACGUUUUGUUAAAAUAGAUGCAUGCUGACUACUUAGCUGACUAAGCUAACCAAAUUGUGGAUGGCAGUAUGUACAGUAUGUAUAUGCUGUAUAAAGAUACAAGCAUUAUGUUGUAAAAUAAAACCUGUGGGGUGAUGAAAUAUCACAGGAGUCAAGCUGUGUGAUCAACACACUGUGUCAGCAUCUGAUUCUCACUUCAAACCUUGCAGACAUUCCAUUUUCAAGACGUUACUUGGUACUCAACAAAAGGGGUGACCGGCUGUUUAAAUGUUAUAUAGCUGUAUAGUUUGUUACUAUUUUUUGUUACACAUUUACUAGACGUAUGUCCAUGUGUUAUUAACCAGAGUUUUAAAUACCAUAGGCUUAAUAAAUGGGUAGACAAAUGAAUGAGAAAGAGGCAGAUUUCUCUUGUUUACAAGUUAUGCAUACCCAGGAGUGUAUUUCAGCAGAGAGAGGCUUAUCUACAACCUGUAAUAAACAGUCCCAAAAAUAUUUGGGAAAUGCAUAACACACAUAAAUGCAAGCAGAUGCACACCUGCUCACACACAUACACACACACUUUAAAAAAAACAUAUUUCUAUUGACAUUUUUAUUGCAAUCCAUUUCAAAUGUUCUUGUGCCAGUGCAUCCAUCUCUGGAUCUACACAUAUCAAAGCUGUCAGUGUGUAAAGUUAGACCAGUUUUCCACACAUUUGGAGAAUGGUACUUAGUCAUGACCAGAUAUCUGCUACAAAAAUAUAUCUGAAUGUUGCUUGUGUUCAUACUUGGGCUUGUAAAUGUUGUUUAGCUUUGUCCAUUGCAAAAGUCUGUGUAAUGUCCUGUAAUGCGUACUAAUAUAUUAUGUUUAUCACAAAUGAAUAUAUUUAAUGACACAUGAAACAAUGUGACUUUUGUUUUUGCCUGUUUUUAUUUUUGGUUACUCUUUGCUUUGGAUAAUAGACGGCUGUAAUGAAAAAGUAAAAGACUGUAGCUAUUGAACAGCCUAGUAAAUCUGAAAUAAAGCUCUGUAAAAGUA